GCUCCGGAGCGGGGCGCGGGGAAAUGGCCACGGGGACAGACCAGGUGGUGGGACUCGGCCUCGUCGCCGUUAGCCUCAUCAUCUUCACCUACUACACCGCCUGGGUGAUUCUCUUGCCAUUCAUCGACAGCCAGCAUGUCAUCCACAAGUAUUUCCUGCCCCGAGCUUAUGCCGUUGCCAUCCCACUAGCUGUUGGCCUCCUGCUGCUCCUGUUUGUGGGAGUGUUCAUCACCUAUGUGAUGCUGAAGAACCAGAAGGUGACCAAAAAGGCUCAGUGAGGGCCCAGCAGGGAUGCAGUUGCCUCCCCUACAGUGCAUAUCAAGGGCAGGGGCCCACAGGACCUGUGCUGGCACUGCAGCCCCCUCAAGCAUGGCUGCCCUACAGACACCCUGGGGAUGGAGCUGUUCAGGACUCACUCCUGACUGACCAGAACCCCCACUUCUCUCCUGCUCGCUCUUCCAGAGCCAGGAGGAAGUACCUGGAAGUUCCCCUCUCUCCCUGUUCUGGCUCAGGGCCUGAAAGAUGCUGGUCCUCCCUACCUCACCUUCAGACCCUCUGUCACUUUUUCCUCUGUGCUCUACCCCCUUGCCUCAGUUCCCCUCCUGUCACAUGAUGAUGUUGAAAUUGGCAGGUUUUGAGAUAUCACGUGGCCUCUCCCCACAUGUCCUUUUCCUCCAUGAAGGCAGCUUUCCCUGAGUCUGACAUAGCCAGGAACCCCACAGGACUUCUGGACCUGGAAAGACCAGGGGGAGGACUGACAGGCCUUGGGACCAUCACCAGGCCUCAGGCACACUGGGCCCCCAGCCCCUUAGCCCUAGCACUGGCCUGUUGGGGAGAGCUGAACAAUAAAUGUUGAUGGUGUGUU